GCCAUAUUACUCCCGAAAAGAGAUUGCUCUAUAACGAGGCAGAUACAACAUUCUAGACUCAUCGCACGUUCUCUUGGAUACGGGGUAUAAAGAGAAGGGGACACUUCACAAAGUCGUGAAAAUUAUGGCAACCUUACCAUUAAACCCAAAGCCAUUUCUAAAUGGACUAACUGGAAAACCAGUCAUGGUGAAACUGAAAUGGGGUAUGGAAUACAAAGGGUAUCUGGUGUCAGUGGAUGGGUACAUGAACUUGCAGCUUGCUAAUACUGAAGAGUUCAUUGAUGGUAGCUGCACUGGAAAUCUUGGUGAAGUGCUUAUUAGGUGCAACAAUGUGCUAUAUGUGAGGGGUGUGGAUGAAGAAGAAGAGGAUGGUGAAAUGAGGGAGUGAAUAGACAGCUGAAGACUCCUUUGAAGCUAAGAAAAGCUAUGUAAUGAUCAACUGCCAAAACAGGUCACGUUAUUGUGCACAAUAAUAAUUUGGAAGUAGCAGAUGGACAAAGCAAGGGGCUUUUGUGUUGGUCAAUUGUAUAUUUUAAGACUUGCAACAAGGACAGAAAACUGUGCUUAUCCUCUAUUCGUUUAUAUUUAAUUUUAUUGAUGUUUUAUGUAGAUGUGAGUAUAAACUCAUUUUACAGAAAAAAUAUAAGCGAAAUUAUGUUUUUUUACUUGCAAUCUUUACCAAAAUUAUUAUUUUAUCAUUUUAUACCAGAUCUAAA